AGCCUGCGCGACGCUCAUGGUCGCGUUCUCGCUGUUUUUGUUAUGAAAACGAUCAGCUGUGAGAGCUCCCGAGGAUUUUCGUCGUACCGGCAGCACGUCCGGUAGCGAGGCAGGUUUCGGCUUCGGUUGAAACCGGCGACGGGACGGUAAACGCGUUCUCCUCCCGCGCGAAUGACGUGCGUCGCGACGCCGUGGGCGCCGACGAUCCGCGUCUCCGUCCGCGACGACGUCCGAGCCGCGCGCGUCGGUCCGCCGACGUGAUCGUGCGGCGAUUUGAACGCGGGGGUCCUCGCGAGCGAUUCGGGAGGUUCGCCUCCGAGGAGGUUUCCCACCGUAGGCCGUAGGCUCUCGGGGGGAACGGGGGGUGGGCUUGGAGUCGCGCGACUCUCACCACGAAUUCGCGGGGCAGCCUCCGACGGCACCGAUUCCCCCCUCACGGUGCCCCGUCGUGGGAAAGGUAAACGUCAACGUCGACAGACAGAUGAUAACCGCGUACACGCUCGUCCUGCGUCGAGUCCCACGAAAAUGGCCUCCUCGGAGAUUGACGAUUUCUUGGCGGGGCCGCUGGUCACCUGGUUCGCUAGCUGUUUGGAAGAUCCCAAUGUAUUGGCGAACUACGAGGACUUAGUGGACGGUGUCUUGUUGCAUAGUGUCUUCCUGCAGAUCAAUCCAGAACCGCUGCACGAUGAAGUGGUGCCGUCCAACAACAAUCCCGUUAUCCGUACGAAAAACUUGAGGACCGUGAUACAGAACAUAAAACAAUUUUACGAAGAGGAGUUAGAUCAUGUGAUUUUAAAAUUGCCCGACGUUACGAAUUUGGGAAAGGAGCCAGAAUUGUACAUAGCGGAUAUGAAGUUGUUGCUGUUGUUGCUUCUCGGAUGUGCUGUCCAAUGUCCGAAUAAGGAGAAGUUUAUUACCAAGAUAAAGACUCUGCACGUCGACAUUCAGCUCGCGAUAGUGGAGUGCAUUAAGCAGGUUACGGAUCACCAAGACAUAGUUAUUACGCAAGAUGCUAUGGAGAAUGCAAAUAUGGGUUACCUGUUUGUCCAAAUAAAAAAAUGGAUCCAAGAAUUGGAUUUAUAUCGGGAGAAGUGGAGGGACACAGUGCUGGACGAUAGCGUUGAACGAAACGAUUCGUCUAUCAGUGCAGAAUCGGAAGAUAUAAGUAAAGUGCAGCAGUCUCAUCCUGUCGCCAAAACGGAAAGAGAAGAUAAUCAUCAUUACGCGGUUGAAUUGGCUGACUGGAAGUCUAAGGUUCGGAAACAGCGCCAGGAAUUGGAAGAAAAAACGGAAGCUCUACUCGAAUGUAAGGAAGAACUGGAGCAUAAUAAAACAUUGCUUGUAAAACUAAGGCAAGAGAAUCAAGAGUUGAUGCACGAAGCUCGUACUGCUAAAUCAUACAGAGAUGAAUUGGAUGCUGUGAUUGAAAGAGCGGACAGAGCAGACCGUUUAGAAAUAGAGGUCACACGUUAUAGAGAAAAACUUACGGACAUCGAAUUUUAUAAGACUCGGAUAGAAGAGUUACGUGAGGAUAAUAGAGUUUUAAUGGAGACCAGAGAAAUGCUUGAAGAACAAUUAAGCUCGUCAAGAAACAGAGCAGACAAAGUAUUGGAGCUCGAAUCUGAAAUUAUUAAGUAUAAGCAGUUGCUUAACGAUGUGGCAUUGGAACGUGCUGCUGACAAAGAAAAAUAUCAAGAGCUCGUUGAGGAAAAUACACAACUGCAUCAAUUAACGAAAGCUGCUGCUAGUGAGGCUGCAUUAGCUGGCUCUAGUGACUCCGAAGAACCAGUGCACAAUGAUAACAGACUGUCCGAACAAUUGACGAGCAACGCUCAGACACGAGCAUUAAAAUUAGAACUGGAAAAUCGCCGUUUAAAUACUUUAAUCGAUUCACUGAAAGAGAGUUCAUUCCAUGAAAAUUCCUCUCGCGUUUUGGAACUGGAGAAGGAGAAAAAGAAACUCUCCUUGAAGAUUGAAUCAUUGAGCGAUAAUAAAGAAAGACUCACGCAACAAAAUACCGACCUGGAAUUAGUCUGCAAGCAGGCAUUGGAAGAAAACAAGAAACUUCAGAAUACUCUUAAAAAUCAACGAACCUCUUUCGAGAAGCAGCAACAAGAAGUCCAAACUCACCAUGUAAAAAUGAUGGAACUGGAAAAAAAUUAUGAUACGGCGGUGAAAGAGAAACAACGUGUUCAGCUAUUAUUAGAGAGCGUGCAACGACGUGCCGAUGAUUUAGAACGCACUCUGGAAACGACAAAUCAAAAGGUUGAGGAAUUGAAGCUCAUCGAAAACAAUAUCAACGAUAUUAACUCCAAGUGCCUCGAUCUCGAAGCAAGACUAACGGCGACAGAGAAAGAGAAAGAUGCCGCACAACGCGAUAUUCACAAAUAUAGAGAAACAAUUGAGGAGAAAGAUGUAGCCUUAGAUAAAGCAACAAAUACAAUUGAAGUCUUGGAGAGGAAAGUAGUACAACUUGAGCAGGAGUUACAAGAUUGUGUUACGCAGAUAUCGAGAUUGCAAGAAAUUGAGCGGUCCAGCAAAGAGCUCGACUCACGAGCUGCGAUUGAUAGAGAAACUUUAGAGAUACUUCAAUCUAAUCUCGUCGCAGAAAAGCUAAGUAAUCAACAGCUGUACACGGUAUUGGAGAAACUCGGCCUUAGCGAUAAUAUAUUGCUGUCCCAACCUGUGGAAACUAUAUUGGAAAGAAUUGCUCAAAUACCAGAAGUGAUCAAUCUUAUUAAAAAAUCCUUCGUAUCGGAGAGCAGUGAAGAAACGACAUCCGAAUCCACAGCUUGCACCGACAAGGAAAGCGAUGUUAAUAAGACCUUAGAGAUCGUGAUAGAACCUUUAAAGAGAGAAUUGAAACAUUUGCAAAUAAAGGCAUCUAUGUCUGAAACGGCAGUGGAGCAUCUAUUGUCCGAGAAUGCGAAACUCCAGGUUCACAUAACAACGUUACAGUCGCAAAGCAAUUCGUUAACCGCGCAGCAUACCGCAUUGCAAUUGGCCAAUUCGCAACUUGUUGCGGAAAAAGAAGAGCUCUUGAAAGAACGUAGCACACAGCAGAACGUAUAUUCCGCGCUAAUUCACGAUCAAAACACCUUACAAUCCUUGCAUGAACAAUUGAACAACGAGUAUGAGAAUCUGCGUCGCGAACGGGACUCUCUUAAAUCGAAUUUAAGAGACGUGAAGAAUGAAAAUAGAACGUUGCGCGAGACCUGUGAGAGAUUAGAGGCGAGAAGUGAAACACUGCAAUCUGAACGGGAAGCCCUGAUUAAUAACACGAAAAGCUUAAAUAAUUUGCGAGGAGAACAUUCCAAGUUGAAGGAUGACUUUAGAAACCUAUAUACUGCGAGUGAAAGAUUGAAAGCAGAGUAUAGAAAUUUGCAGGAUGAUUAUAGGAAGAAUAAAAUCGAGAUGAACCGCCUCAGUUUAAAGCAGACUGAAAUGCAGGGCGAACUCAGUGUCAAAGACGAACAAUGCUCGGAUCUGAAGUUAGAGGUCAAUAGCCUUCAUGAACGAUGCGAUAGGCUGCUAGAAAUGAACUCUGGGUUGGACAAUGACAGACGUUCUUUAAUGGAACAUAUAAGUUUAUUAUUUACACAAUACCACGAACUUUUAACACAUUCGCUUCAAGACAAGGAGCAUUAUCACAUGGAAGAGAAAUUAUUCGCGGAUAAAGUUAAUCAUUUGUACAGACAAAAAGAAAAGUUGGAAGACAAGAUUAUGGAGCACUACAGAAAAUUGAACAGCUGCACUACCAAGAAGAAAGGAUUUGGGGCCAGUUUAGUUCGCAGAGUCAGAAAAGCCGGGUCGGAACUUCUCAAUAAGAAUCGACGUUCAUGGGCCGAAGAUUCCAAGCAGUCAGACAGUAAAACAUACGAGUCGGACACAGGCGGAAAUGAUUCAGAUGCGAGCACCGACGACUAUCGUUUACCCGGACCGAGCAGAGUCUUCGGAUCGGACGCGCUUGGGCACGCUGGAACCAGAAGAACGGUGUACUAUACUGAUGAUUCCCCACCAUCGUCCACUUCUUUACCUGCAGACAGGUUGCUGAGCGAGUCCUUCCAGGAACAAGGAGACAACGUGCACGCCGCGCCGAUGGAAACGAAACCGGAAGCGCAAGUCGAGUCACGUCCCUUUUUGAUCUACAAUAAAGUAUCGGCAGUCAUAAACGAGUCGAAGAACAUUGGCAGUCCGAUAAAGGAUGCAGCGCAAGAUGAAGCGCUCGCAGAACCUCCCGCUGAGAAAGAGCCAAAGACUGGCAGUCCGAUAUGGUACGAGUAUGGUUGUGUAUAAACUUCCACAUCCCUGAUGCUUCCAUUAAUAUGUCCGAAAACAAGAAGAGAGAGAAAAAGAACGUGUUUUUAUAUGUAUAUUCUCAUUAGUUUACAUAUGCUUUCUAGAAAGCAAGGCUCCCUCUGCCGAUUUCGAUGCAUUUUUCCCUUGUUAGUACAUUAACCGCACUAUUUUGUAAUUUUAUAACGUACGAAAGCUAACGCAAUACGAGUGUAUACUUGUUCAAAAAAAAUCGCAAAACCGUCACAGAAAGUAUUAUAUAUACUAAAGAUUUAUAUUUUGUAGCUUUAGUAAACGAACUACCAUAAUUGUCGACGCAUCGCUCCUGAAAUUACAAAGUAGCCUUAAGAAUAGAGCGCCUACGAGUUCCUAAAAAGCUGUUUGUGUUAAGAUCAGUCGAAAAAUAUUUUUAUCGUCGACUCGAUUUGAAAAUCUAUCGUGUGAUGUGUUCUUUUUAUCUCAUGUACUUUUAAUCCAAAUCUUUUCGCAGAUAAGAUUUUGAUAAUAAAUUUUAUUCUAUUCGCGAGUAGAAGAGACUGGGGAUGGAUAUGAUUUGUAACUAAUUUAUUAACGAUCCUCCGUGAAUAAUUACGAAAACAUGAGAUAAUCAGAUUGAAGCAAUUAAUUAUAGUGUGCUUGAUUUUAUUUAAUGAUUAACCGAUUUUUUUUACAUAUUUACGUGUAUAAUACAUACUCGUCGAAGUUCUCUGUUACGUUAUUGUUCACAGCUGUUCAAUGCCACGUACCUACUGUUGACGCGUAGGUAGAAUUCUUAUGUUUAUAUUCUUCAGAAUGUAAGAUAUAACUGUUCACUUUUCUCUUAGACGCUAAGACUAAUAUAGAGACAAGAUACACUAUGGUGACAAGAGCUUAUGCUGAUAAUAAUGGCAUAAGCAUGCAUUUGCUUUUGCAGUUACACCGAUUACCUCUUUAUCGCUCGACUUAUCGCAUCGAUGUAAGUUAAUAGGCUAUUUUCUACAUUUUGAUAACUUAUACUUUUAUAACGAUUGUGUAUGUGUUAAGUAUAUAUAGAUAUAGUGUCUAUAUGUCUUCUGUGUCUUAAAAGUUUUGUCAAGCAGAGAUUUUGCACAGGAACAUAAUCGAGUACUUAAGAAUUCAGUAUUAAAUAAUGUCUUAUCAUGUUCUUGCUAUUCCCAAGCACUGCCUUCUAAAUGGUUGUCUUCCCGCAAAACGAAAUACGAUCAUCGCGAUCGGUGCGAUGAUACAAUUUGUAAUUGCAAUUCCGUUACAUCAUUGCAUAUUAAAUAAAAAGAAGUACAAUACUUAAAGUGA